AUGGCUAACAAGGCCGCUUUUGUCGUCCCGGCGCUGAAGAAGCACACGGCAACGGUGAUCAUGGCACACGGCCUGGGCGACAGUUGUACUUCCUACAGGGUGUCCCUUGCCGAGUCCUGGCGCAGACGAGGGAAAUUCGAAGACGUCAAGUUCAUCUUCCCCAAUGCUCCUGCCAUUCCCAUCACAGUGAAUAUGGGCUACAGCAUGCCUGGAUGGUACGAUAUCGUAAGGCGCCGCGACGAUACCGACUUCGACGACUUGAAACAAGCGCAUGAUGAAGUCGGCAUCCUCCGCAGUCGCACGACGUUCACCAAAUUCAUCACGGAUGAGAUCUCUGCCGGGAUACCCUCCAAUCGCAUUAUUCUCGGUGGCUUCUCGCAAGGAGGCGCAAUGUCCCUCUUCACUGGCAUUACCACACCUCACAAACUCGGCGGCAUUUUCGGCCUGAGCUGUUACCUUGUGUUGGGCGAUAAGAUCAAGGAUUUCGCGAAAGAGGCGUCGGAAGCAAACAAGGACACACCGAUCUUCAUGGGCCACGGCGAUUCAGAUCCGCUGGUCAAACUGUCCUGGGGACAACAGACAGCCGAGGUCCUCAAGAAGGAGCUUGGCCACAAGGUCGAAAUGAAAGUGUACAGGGGCCUCGCUCAUUCCGCCGACCCAGAGGAGAUUGACCACUUGGAGAAAUUCAUCAAGGAUUGUUUACCCACCAGUGAGGCCCUGUGA